GCUCAUACGGCUCACACCCAGCCUCCAGUGUCCGUUGCCCCCCUCUCGGCUCAUACGGCCCACACCCAGCCUCCAGUGUCCGUUGCCCCCCCUCUCGGCUCCUACGGCCCACACCCAGCCUCUAGUGUCCGUUGCCCCCCCUCUCGCUCUCGGCCUUACACCAGCCUCCAGUGUCCGUUUGCCUCCCCCUCUCGGCUCCCUCGGCCCACACCCAGCCUCCAGUGUCCGUUGCCCCCCUCCUCGGCUCCUACGGCCCACACCCAGCCUCCAGUCCUCCAGUGUCCGUUGCCCCCUCUCGACUCCUACGGCCCACACGUCUCAGUGUCUGUUGCCCCCCUCUCGAGCUCCUCGGCACCCAGCCUCCAGUGUCCGUUGCCCCCUCCUCUGGCUCAUCACACUGCAGCCUCCAGUGUCCGUUGGCCCCCUCUCGGCUCCUACGGCCCGCCCCAGCCUCCAGUGUCUCGCCCCCCCUCUCGGCUCCUCGGCACCCAGCCUCGAGUGUCUGUUGCCCCCCUCUCGGCUCCUACGGCUCACAACCAGCCUCCAGCGUCCGUUGCCCCCCUCUCGGCUCCUUCGGCCCACACCAGCCUCCAGUGUCCGUUGCCCCCCUCUCGGCUCCUACGGCCCACACCCAGCCUCCACCUCCAGUGUCCGUUGCCCCCCUCUCGGCUCCUACGGCCCACACCCAGCCUCCAGUGUCCGUUGCCCGGCUCCUUCGGCCCGCACCCAGCCUCCAGUGUCCGUUGCCCCCUCUCGCUCAUCGGCCCACACCCAGCCUCCAGUGUCCGUUGCCCCCCUUCUCGGCUCAUCGGCCCACACCCAGCCUCCAGUGUCCGUUGCUCCCCCUCUCGGCUCCUACGGCCCACACCCAGCCUCCACCUCCAGUGUCCGUUGCCCCCCCUCUCGGCUCCUACUGGCCACACCCAGCCUCCAGUGUCCGUUGCCCCCUCUCGGCUCCUCAACCCAGCCUCAGUGUCCGUUGCCUCUCGACUCUCAGCCUCCAGUGUCCGUUGCCCCCCUCUCGGCUCCUACGGCACACCCAGCCUCCAGUCCUCCAGUGUCCGUUGCCCCCCUCUCGGCUCCUACGGCCCACACCCAGCCUCCAGUGUCCGUUGCCCCCUCUCGGCUCCUCGGCCCAGCACUCCAGUGUCCGUUGCCCCCACUCUCGGCUCCUACGCUGCCCAGCCUCCAGUGUCCGUUGCCCCCCUCUCGGCUCCUACGGCCACCCAGCCUCCAGUGUCCGUUCCCCCGGCUCGGCCUACACCCAGCCUCAGUGUCCGUUGCCCCCCUCGGUCCUCGGCACACCCAGCCUCCAGUGUCCGUUGCCCCCUCUCGGCUCCUACGGCCCACCCAGCCUCCAGUGUCCGUUGCCCCUCCGGCUCCUCAUUCAGCCUCCAGUGUCCGUUGCCCCCUCUCGGCUCCUACCCACCCCAGCCUCCAGUGUCCGUUGCCCCCCUCUCGGCUCCUCGGCCCACCCAGCCUCCAGUGUCCGUUGCCCCCUCUGGCUCCUCGGCCCACACCCAGCCUCCAGUGUCCGUUGCCCCCCUCUCUCGGCUCCUACGGCCCACACCCAGCCUCCAGUGUCCGUUGCUCCCACCUCUCGGCUCCCUACGGCCCACACCCAGCCUCCAGUGUCCGUUGCCCCCCCCUCUCGGCUCCUCACGGCCCACACCCAGCCUCCACCUCCAGUGUCCGUUGCCUCCCCCCUCUCGGCUCCUACGGCCCACACCCAGCCUCCAGUGUCCGUUGCCCCCUCUCGGCUCCCACGGCUCUCACCCAGCCUCCAGUGUCCGUUGCCCCCCCUCUCGGCUCCUACGGCCCACACCAGCCUCCAGUGUCCGUUGCCCCCCCUCUCGGCUCCUACGGCCCACACCCAGCCUCCAGUGUCCGUUGCCCCCCUCUCGGCUCCUCGGCCCAUACCCAGCCUCCCGAGUGUCCGUUGCCCCCCCUCUCGGCUCCUACGGCCACGCCCAGCCUCCAGUGUCCGUUGCCCCCCCUCUCGGCUCCUACGGCCCUGACCCAGCCUCCAGUGUCCGUUGCCCCACUCUCGGCUCCUCGUUCACACCUAGCCUCCAGUGUCCGUUGCCCCCCUCUCGGCUCCUACGGCCCAUCACCCCAGCCUCCAGGUGUCCGUUGCCCCCCUCUCGGCUCCCUACGGCCCACACCCAGCCUCCAGUGUCCGUUGCCCCCCUCUCUCGGCUCCUGGCCACACCCAGCCUCCAGUGUCCGUUGCCCCCCCUCUCGGCUCCUCGGCCCACACCCAGCCUCCAGCGUCCGUUGCCCCCCUCUCGGCUCCUAUCGGCCCACACCCAGCCUCCAGUGUCCGUUGCCCCCUCUCCGGCUCCUCGGCCCACACCCGGCCUCCAGUGUCCGUUGCCCCCCUCCUCGGCUCCUUCGGCCCACACCCAGCCUCCAGUGUCCGUUGCCCCCCUCUCGGCUCCUACGGCUUCACCCAGCCUCCAGUGUCCGUUUGCCCCCUCUCGGCUCCUACGGCCCACACCCAGCCUCCAGUGUCCGUUGCCCCCUCUCGGCUCCUCGGCCACCCAGCCUCAGUGUCCGUUGCCCCCCACUCUCACAUCUCUACCUGCUCUCAGUGUCCGUUUGCCCCCCUCUCGGCUCCUCGGUUCACCCAGCCUCCAGCGUCCGUUGCCCCCCUCUUCGGCUCUGCCCACACCCAGCCUCCAGUGUCCGUUGCCCCCCCUCUCGACUCCUACGGCCCACACCCAGCCUCCAGUGUCCGUUGCCCCCCCUCUCGGCUCCUACGGCCCACACCCAGCCUCCAGUUGUCCGUUGCCCCCCUCUCGGCUCCUACGGCCCACACCCAGCCUCCAGUGUCCGUUGCCCCCUCUCUCGGCUCCCACGGCCCACACCCAGCCUCCAGUGUCCGUUGCCCCCUCUCGGCUCUCAGCCCACCCAGCCUCCAGUGUCCGUUGCCCCCCUCUCGGCUCCUACGUCACACCCAGCCUCCAGUGUCCGUUGCCCCCCCUCUCGGCUCCUACGGCCCACACCCAGCCUCCAGUGUCCGUUGCCUCCCCCUCUCGGCUCAUACGGCCUCACCCAGCCUCCAGUGUCCGUUGUGCCCCCCUCUCGGCUCCUACGGCCCACACCCAGCCUCCAGUCCUCCAGUGUCCGUUGCCCCCCUCUCGGCUCCUACGGCCCACACCCAGCCUCCAGUGUCCGUUGCCCACCGGCUCCUACGGCCCCACCAGCCUCCAGUGUCCGUUGCCCCCUCUCGGCUCCUACGGCCUCUACCCAGCCUCCAGUGUCUGUUGCCCCCUCCCCCUCUCGGCUCAUUCGGCCCACACCCAGCCUCCAGUGUCCGUUGCCCCCUCUCGGCUCCUACGGCCCACACGCCAGCCUCCAGCGUCGUUGCCCCCCUCUCGGCUCCUUCGGCCCACACCCAGCCUCCAGUCCUCCAGUGUCCGUUGCCCCUCUCUCGGCUCCUACGGCCCCACCCAGCCUCCAGUGUCCGUUGCCCCCGGCUCCUUCAGCCCACACCCAGCCUCCAGUGUCCGUUGCCCCCUCUCGGCUCAUACGGCCCACACCCAGCCUCCAGUGUCCGUUGCCCCCCUCUCGCUCAUCGGCCCACCCCAGCCUCCAGUCCUCCAGUGUCCGUUGUCCCCCUCUCGGCUCCUACGGCCCACACCCAGCCUCCAGUGUCUGUUGCCCCCUCUCUGGGCUCUACGGCCCACACCCAGCCUCCAGUGUCCGUUGCCUCCCCCCUCUCGGCUCCUCGGCCCACACCCAGCCUCCAGUGUCCGUUGCCCCCUCUCGGCUCCCUCGGCCCACACCCAGCCUCCAGUGUCCGUUGCCCCCCCUCUCGGCUCCUACGGCCACACCCAGCCUCCAGUGUCCGUUGCUCCCCUCUCGGCUCUACGGCCCACACCCAGCCUCCAGUGUCCGUUGCCCUCCCAGCUCCUUCGGCCCACACCCAGCCUCCAGUGUCCGUUGCCCCCCUCUCGCUCAUCGGCCCACUGCCCAGCCUCCAGUGUCUGUUGCCCCCUCCCCCUCUCGGCUCAUCGCAUUACCCAGCCUCAGUGUCCGUUGCCCCCUCUCGGCUCCUACGGCCCACACCCAGCCUCCAGUGUCUGUUGCCCCCCUCUCGGCUCCUACGGCCCCACCCAGCCUCCAGUGUCCGUUGCCCCCUCUGGCUCCCUCGACCCACCUCAGCCUCCAGGUGUCCGUUGCCCCCCCUCUCGGCUCCCUCGGACCCACAACCAGCCUCCAGUGUCCGUUGCCCCCCUCCUGCGGCUUGCUACGGCCAUCACCCAGCCUCCAGUGUCUGUUGCCCCCCUCUCGGCUCCUCGGCCACACCCAGCCUCCAGUGUCCGUUGCCCCCUCUCGGCUCUCUCAGCUCUACCCAGCCUCAGUGUCCGUUUGCCCCCCCUCUCGGCUCCUAGGCCCACCCCAGCCUCCAGUGUCUGUUGCCCCCUCCUCGGCUCUCGGCCCCACCCAGCCUCCAGUGUCCGUUGCCUCCCCCUUCGGCUCCUCGGCCCACACCCAGCCUCCAGUGUCCGUUUGCCCCCCCUCUCUGGCUCCUCGGCCCACAACCAGCCUCCAGUGUCGUUGCCCCCCUCUCGGCUCUCGGCCCACACCCAGCCUCCAGUGUCUGUUGCCCCUCCCCCCUCUCGGCUCCUCACAUUGCCCAGCCUCCCAGUGUCUGUUGCCCCCACUCUCGGCUCCUCGGCCUCACCCAGCCUCCAGUGUCUGUUGCCCCCCUCUCGGCUCCUCUCCUACGGCCCACACCCAGCCUCCGGUGUCCGUUGCCCCCUCUCUCGCUCCUUCGGCCCACACCCAGCCUCCAGUGUCCGGUUGCCCCCUCUCGGCUCCUCAGCCCAUACCCAGCCUCCAGUGUCUGUUGCCCCCCUCUCGGCUCCUCGGUCCACCCAGCCUCCAGUGUCCGUUGCCUCACCCCCCUUCGGCUCCUACGGCCUACCCAGCCUCCAGUGUCCGUUUGCCCCCCUCUCGGCUCUCACGGCCCACAACCCAGCCUCCAGUGUCCGUUGCCCCCCUCUCUCGCUCCUCACGGCCACCCAGCCUCCAGUGUCUGUUGCCCCUCCCCCCUCUCGGCUCCUCGGCACAUCCCAGCCUCCAGUGUCUGUUGCCCCCUCUCGGCUCCUACGGCCCACCCAGCCUCCAGUGUCUGUUGCCCCCUCUCGGCUCCUCUCCUCGGCCCCACCCAGCCUCCAGUGUCCGUUGCCCCCCUCUCGUGGCUCCUUCGCCAUUUACCCAGCCUCCAGUGUCCGUUGCCCCCCUCUCGGCUCCUACGGCCCACACCCAGCCUCCAGUGUCCGUUGCCCCUCCCCUCGGCUCCUCGGCCCACCCAGCCUCCAGUGUCCUCGUUGCCCCCUCUCGGCUCCUCGGCCCAUCACCCAGCCUCCAGUGUCCGUUGCCCCCGGCUCCUUCGCCCACCCAGCCUCCAGUGUCCGUUGCCCCCUCUCGGCUCAUGCAUUCAUCCCAGCCUCCAGUGUCUGUUGCCCCCCUCUCGGCUCAUACGGCCCCACCCAGCCUCAAGUGUCCGUUGCCCCCUCUCUCGGCUCCUACGGCCACCCAGCCUCCAGUGUCUGUUGCCCCCCUCUCAGGCUCCUACGGCCCACCCCAGCCUCCAGUGUCCGUUGCCUCCCCCUCUCGGCUCCUACGGCCCACCCCAGCCUCCAGUGUCCGUUGCCCCCCUCUCGGCUCCUACGACCCACAACCAGCCUCCAGUGUCCGUUGGCCCCCCUCUCGGCUCCUCGGCUCUCACCCAGCCUCCAGUGUCUGUUGCCCCCUCUCGGCUCCUCGGCCCACACCCAGCCUCCAGUGUCCGUUGCCCCCCUCUCUCGGCUCCUUGGCCACACCCAGCCUCCAGUGUCCGUUGCCCCCCCUCUCGGCUCUCGGCCUACACCCAGCCUCCAGUGUCCGUUGCCCCCCUCCUCGGCUCCUUGGCCCACACCCAGCCUCCAGUGUCCGUUGCCCCUCCUCUCGGCUCCUCGGCUUACGCCCAGCCUCCAGUGUCCGUUGCCCCCCUCUCUCGGCUCCUACGGCCUACACCCAGCCUCCAGUGUCGUUGCCCCCCUCCUGGCUCCUCACGGCCCACCCAGCCUCCAGUGUCCGUUGCCCCCCCCCGGCUCCUUCGGCCCACACCCAGCCUCCAGUGUCCGUCCACGUCCCAACAGUGUUCCACUGAGUGAUAUGCCUCUGAGCCCAGGACGGGAAGAAACCUAUUUCUGUUGUCAGGACUCUGAGGUGCCACAAUGUUUUCAGGAACUUUACAUACUUGUCAAGUCAUCUGAGUGGGCAGUGUUGAGGUCCAGAACCACAGGAGUGGAGGAGAAAUAG